AUGCCCAGUGAUCCAUCCUGGGUUUGGAGGAAACUUUUAUCGCUCAGGGAUUUAAUUUUCCCUAUUAUCAAAUUCAAACUUGGUAAUGGUGAAAAUGUGUUCCUCUGGCAUGAUAACUGGCACCCCUUUGGUUCGCUCUUGCUUCGGUAUGGUCCUAGGAUUUUGUAUGAUACCAACCUUCCCGACAAUUCUAAGGAGAUACAGGAAUGGAUUGCUGCCACUCCUCCUUCUCUUAAACCUUCCCUUGAUUCCCCUGAUAUUCCUGUGUGGAGUCUGACUGCUGAUGGCUCCUUUUCCAUUCACUCUGCUUGGGAAUGUUGGUCUAAUCUCAUUUGGGGUCCUCCUGUUAUCCCUAGGGUUAGUUUCAUUGUGUGGCUGGCUAUCCAUCAGAGACUUAACACUGGGGAUAGACUCCAAAUCUUUGGUCUUCUUACGAGCCCUAGCUGCCCUUUAUGUUGUGCUCCUAAGGAAAACCAUUCCCAUCUGUUCUUUAGGUGUCACUACUCCUCUAGGAUUUGGGCUGUUAUCCAAGCUAAGUGUAAUUCCCAUUGGCCUUCUUUGCCCUGGUUGGAACUUGUUGAGUUUGCUACUAAAUCCAUCAAUGGUAAAUCUCUGAAAUCUGUGAUUAUGAAACUCUCUUUUCUCUGCACUUUCUACCACAUUUGGAUGGAGAGAAAUAGUAGAAUCUUUAGUAAGGUUUUCAAACCUGAAGAGGUUGUCACUAACUCUAUCAUCCAAAUGGUCAGGGGUAGACUCCUUUCUAUGGAAAAUGUGAAAGCUUAUGCAGGUGACAACCGGUAUCUGGAACAAUGGAACCUUCCUUCUAAAAUCCUGUUGCAGUCCCAAACUGCUGCAGCCGAAAGGAAUUCGAGUGGUUUGGUUGUUAGUCUCAGAUCUAUCAGCUAUUAUGGUUCCAAAUGUUUACAAAAUCCUGAAGCUAAUGAAGGGGAGGGUUGA